GUCUUCUAUCUCAUUCCGAUUCAAAUGAAUUGAGUGCGUCAAGUACAAUGGCAAAUUGCAAUCGACCACAUCACAUAAGCAGUGUCAAUGUUAAUUUUAACAUUUGGCACCGGGCCAUUUGCUACUGAUUAGUUGAUUGGAGGUACUCACUUGAGCUGGGCGAUCCAUAUCUGCAGAAGGGUGCAAUCAGUGCGUUCUGCUUAGUGCUGCUGGCCAGUUCUCAGGCGGUCCCAACCAUGGCGGACGUGUUGGUGGAAAAGAAAGUGAAUCUCCCAGUGCCUCAGUCGAUCCUUAAGCGUGGCAUAACUCCUGAUGUCCUACGGAGGAGUCGUAGUCGUCGCAGUCGUAGUGUUACGCCCUUCUUGGCGCGUGAAAAUCGCGAAACUACACCCUUUGAAAUUGGUCAGAAUGUCCCGCAUACCCUUGUUUCGGCACUAUGUGUCCUCGACAAGGCGCUCAUCAUGGACAUCUCAUCUGCCAUCGAGGAUGAUCCCGUGCAAGUGCUCACGUCGGAUUUCUCGGUAAUCGACAGGGCAUCCGUAAUGGAUAUUUCUCAUGGUGAUUUCAUUCUUGAGUACGAGGAGUAUGAGGAAGAAAUUGCCGAUGAUGCAAGUGUGAUGAGUGUCGAUGAUCGAGCGAGCGAAUUGGAUGAAAGUGAAACGCGAUCUGAGCGUUCAGAGAGUGAAGCACCAGCUAGUGAGACCGAAUCCAUUGGGACGGAUGUGAGUGUUGAGGAGGGUGGUGGUGGUGCUGGUGGUGAGCCAGAAGUGAAGAAAAAGAAAGUUGUAAAGAAGAAGGCCGUUAAGAAGCCCGUGAAGAAGAAGAUCACAAAGAAGGAGGCAUCACCAAAAAAGGGAAAAGGUGGGUCUGCACCGCCAAAAGCUCCGCCCAAGAAGUUGGCUAUUUCGGGAAAAUUUGCCGAGACCGAUACAGCCCCGAAGCCACCGAAACCAUCAAAGCCACAGCCGAAGAAGAAGUCAAAAUCCCCAUCACCGAGACCAAAGGGUGCACCACCAACAAAGCCCGCAGAGGAAGCAGCGGAAAUUGCAAAGAAGGCACGGGAACCGUCCAAGGAGAAAACACCCGAGGAGCCAGAAGAGGAGGCAGAGGAAGAAGAGGGUGAGGAAGAGGGCGAGGAAGAGGAGCAGGAGGAAGAGGAGGAGGAUUACAACUAUGAUCAGGAAGAGGAUGAGGAGGAAGAGGAGAAAACACCAAAAUCCCCAUCUCCCGUAUACACGGAGGAGGAUCUCAGGGAGCAGGCACUCAUUUCGAAGCUCACUGUCUACGAUACGGACAACAUGCCGUGGUUUAAGGUAACCGAUGAACCACCAGCACCGCCAAUUCACUUUGAAUUCCCCACUGAGAAGCCACGAAAGGGAAAACUCCCGUGGAAGAAUUUGAGUGAAAAGGAACGCGAUGCCGAAUGGCUGAGAGAACGUGGACUGAGGAAGCCCCCAGUUCUUCUCAAUCAUCUCACCGAUCGCACUGUUUGCGAAGGGACACCCAUAAAAUUGGGCUGCAGCGUUGAUGGGCCAGAUCUACAGGUUAAAUGGUUCCGCGAUGGCUUUGCCAUUGACAAGAAACCAGGUGUUAAGACAACGGCCAAGGAUGGGUAUCUCCUGCUUGAGCUCCCCAAUCCAACACCAGCUGAUUCGGGCAUGUAUUGCUGCCAAGUGAAGAACAAGAAUGGCGAAAUGUCCACUGAGGCCCUUGUUACGGUGUACCAACUUGCAUCUGAACUUCACGUUACCCCGACGGUUAUCGCAGCUAAAGGUAAAAUCCACCAGGCAUUGUUAAUGUCUCUCAUUUGUACUUCCUCUGUUAGUUAGAAAUGUCCUUAAAAAAUCGUUAAAAUCACGUUAAGAAUCAAAUAAAAAUUAUGUAAGAAAUUGAGAACGUAGCAGGGCUUAAAA